CGGGUGCGCCGGGCCCGGGGAGCCGCGGCGCCAGCAGCUGCUCUCGGCGGCGGCGGGGCGAUGCGGAUGGCGGUCGGUGCGGCAGCGGGCGACGGGGCAGAGCCGAGCCCCGGCCCCGCCGCCGUCUCGCUGGGCUUGAGCGUGGCCGUGGUGUCCAGCCUAGUGAACGGCUCCACCUUCGUCCUGCAGAAGAAGGGGAUCGUGCGGGCCCGAGGGAGAGGUACUUCAUACUUAACAGAUAUAGUGUGGUGGUCUGGCACUAUUGCAAUGGCUCUUGGUCAAAUAGGAAAUUUCUUGGCCUACACUGCAGUUCCUACUGUGUUAGUGACUCCCCUAGGAGCUCUUGGCGUUCCAUUUGGGUCCAUUUUAGCUUCCUACUUACUGAAAGAAAAACUCAACAUUCUCGGCAAGCUGGGAUGUCUGCUGAGCUGCGCUGGGUCUGUCGUUCUCAUCAUCCAUUCCCCGAAGUCAGAGAGUGUAACAACUCAGGCUGAACUUGAAGAGAAGCUUACAAAUCCAGUUUUCGUGGGUUAUCUCUGCAUAGUACUGCUAAUGCUUCUCCUGCUUAUCUUCUGGAUAGCUCCAGCUCAUGGACCUACUAAUAUCAUGGUUUACAUCAGUAUUUGCUCUCUAUUGGGCAGUUUCACUGUGCCCAGCACAAAAGGCAUUGGGCUGGCUGCUCAAGAUAUCUUUCACAAUAACCCAUCAAGUCAAAGGGCUCUGUAUCUCUGUCUGGUACUUCUGGCAGUAUUAGGAUGUAGCAUUAUCAUUCAGUUCAGGUACAUCAAUAAGGCACUGGAAUGUUUUGACUCCUCUGUGUUUGGUGCCAUCUACUAUGUUGUGUUUACCACUUUAGUCUUGUUGGCUUCAGCCAUCCUUUUCAGGGAAUGGAGUAAUGUGGGAGUGGUAGAUUUCUUGGGAAUGGCUUGUGGAUUCACCACCGUAUCUAUCGGAAUUGUUCUUAUACAAGUCUUCAAGGAAUUCAACUUCAAUAUUGGGGAUUUAAAUAAACCUAACAUGAAGACAGAUUAAAAAAAUUUUUAGGGAAACUGGGUGGCUCAGGGAAUGACAGAGCCUUUUAUUUCUAGGUCACUGCUUCAGUUAUGAUUCAGAUUGGUAUUUAUUACCCUCUGACAAUUUGGUGGCCUACAGGAAAUGAAUUGGAGGCUUCCAUCCAGUUUCAAAGGGACAGUUGUCCAUUCACCCCAAAUUAACAUAAUAAAUGGCAGUAAUUAGUAUUAUUGCUGAUGGUCUCAGUUGGAAGGCCAAGGAUUGAGUCGGCAUAGAGACCGAUGUAUUUUCUCCCUGUAAAAAAGCAAUUCAUCACAAAAAGGUUCAGGGGUAUUCUAAUAGGCUUGUGUUGUGUAUAUUAUGGCUGCUUCUGAGGUAAGCUUUCUGUAGAGUGGGAACAUCAGUUUCUAAUGCACUCAAUCUGACACCUUUCAUGAGUGAUGUAUACCCUUAAAAUUUGGGGGGGGGAGGGGGGAGUGAAUGGAACAAUUUGUUAAUCUUCUUAAUAUAGCAAUGUGUUCACCGUCCAGGCUGUGAAUUCUGAGACAAGUGUUGAUUCAACUCUGACUGCGGAUUUGUCCUUUUAUAGUAGCUGUCUCUGCAAUUUGGUCUGACAUGGAGUGAAGACACUGGGGAUUUUUAAAUUAAAUUCUUUAUAGAGAGCAGUGGACCCUUAAAAUCUUUUACUAAUUAUUUAUCAGCAGAUGGUAGUGUCCAGAUUACCGGUAUGCAUUUUUCUUUGUAACUUAUAUGCAUUAAGACAUACUGCAUUCAUCUUGAGUUUUUAACUGGGAACAGACAGAAAGGCUGUGAAAGAUGUGGAAACAAUGCACAGAAUUUUGUCUAUGAGGUGGCUUAUUUGUAAGCAGCUCAGAACUAUUUCAGUGCCUUUGUAAUCCAAAAAUACUGCAUAAAUGUGAAUGUAUUUGUUUCAGAUGGUCUAUACUUGUUUAAUAAUUCACUUUGAUUGUAUGUAAUAUUUGACUGUAUUCAAAUUCUAAACAUGUAGAGCAGCCAGAAGGAGCUACAUAUUUUUGGAAAAUUUUACAAAUCUGAGUUGAAAUCUUCAGAUGUCUUGACAGCUUCUGAAAUAUCCAUAGUCAUAAUGAGAAGAGGUAAUCUGCAAGACGUCUGUUUAAAGCAGUCCAGCAUAUCCUAGUUAAGUGGCAGUAUAGGCAACUGUGUUUAGUUAGGAAGCAGCAACAACAACAAAAAAAUAGAAUAGCAUGAGAUUUCUUGGUAGCUCAGAAAAAGGAAAGAUGGCCAGAUCGCUCUUGUAACCUGGAAAAAGGAGAUUAAAAACUGAACUAUUUAGGCAUUUAGAGAGCUGAGUUUCUGUAUAAGCAUUCAGAUACAUUAACUUACAGACCUGAGUGAGUUCAGCAAUAGUACUUUGACACUGGAAUGAUUCUGAACUGAUCAGUUUAGACCAUUUGGAGAAUACUGGUAUAUUAACGAAAGAAAUCAGUCACAAGACUUGAAAAGUAAUGAUUAUAUUUUUCAUUUUAAGUGCAAAAAUAGCAUACAGUGGAACUCAACAUCUCUGGUUCAGAAUGUCUCUUCAAACAAACAAACAAAAAAAAAUAUUGCAAGACUGUUUUGAGAAGUCUAUGACACUUAACAAGAAAGCACAGAUUUAGUUUUGUGGAUGGUUAACAGUAAAGCAAACUUUAUUUAAUGGAGACUAAUAACUAUUCACUUCAGUGAUGUUUUUUGAUCAUAAGUAACGUUUCCUUACAACUCAGCCUCCAUUUUCAUUUAAACGAAAUGUUAUAAGCCCUUCUGAUUGUAGCAAUAAACAUGACUGGUGAACCCUAAAGAAUUGGUAUUUUGAAGAGAGCAGAAGACCCCUCCUAUGUUACUUUUACAACUGAAGUGACUCUUACUCUGAAUUGACAGAAACACAUUGUUAUAGGCCAGCAAAGAAACUGGGUAUCUUGGUGAGAUUAAAAAAAAAAAAGCAUUAGCACAUAAAAAGCCAUCUUUGUGGAUUCCUAAGUACUGUACAUGGUUUCUUGAAAGUUUCAGUAUUGUAGGUGAGGGAAUUGGAUUAUAAAGUCUGGAUAAAAAUAAACUUUGUUCAUUAUUGAUUGAAAGAUGGUAACCUGGUUAUCAAUGCACAAUUAUGCUUUGUCAUUCUAGUUCCCUUUUCUGAUUGAAACUGAAUCCUAAAUAAGUUAUGAGACCUGUAGUGAUUUACUUUUAAAACUAGUAUUAGCUGUUUGUUGAAGUAAUCAAGUCAUCUUUUCAAAAUUCAAAUUCAGAGUUCAUGAGUUGUGUGUUCAUUUUGUACUAGCCCUUACUCUCUGAAGACUUCCAUGAAAAUCUAUCUUUGGGCUAAAGUGAAAAUGACAGCAGUCUCCUCUUAGUCCUUCUUUGGCCAUAUCUCUCUGUCUGUUUUGUUCUAAAGUUUCUUCCUAUUUAUUUAGAAAGUGCCUAUCCUGGUAUUUUAGGUACAUAUGCAAAUUAUUAUUAAAUAUACUGAAAACAACUUGACUGCCCUGCUAUAACCCUGCCAUUUUCUGUACCACAUAAACAACUUCACUUGAUAAGCACUCACUGUGCAGAGUAAGAAAAAAGUAGCAGCUGUGUUCUUUGGUCCUCUGACCAUUCUUAGAGCUGAUAAAUGUCUGCAGUUUGUUCUUUUCCCCUCCUCAGCUGCUCCUCAUGCCUGAUAAGCUUUCUAGAAAUACUUAGUAACCCUUGUUUGAUACAGAUGUCAAAAGCCAGCACAUAAGGUGAAAGCAAUUAUAGUGGCCUUGCACCUUGUUUUUAUCUGCAGCCUUUUACAUUGUGAAUGAUAAAUAAUGAAAAAAACUUUAUUUUUGCUACUCUUUGUUCAGUAUAUAACAGCUUUCUUUUAAGUUCUGCUGUACCUGGGUCUGGUCCAGUUCUAACUUUAGAAAUGUAUUAACAUUUUAUGUUGUUACUAUUGGCAUGAUUCUUUCUCCCUCUACCCCAUACCCUACUUGCUCUGUGUCCCCUACCUUUUUUAGUCUUUUACCAUUGCUUUUCUGAUUGAAAAGGAGGCACUGUUGAAUUUUCAGCUUUUCUCUCUUUCUCUCCUCCUAGACAUUUGAGUAAGACAUCUGAGUUCCAUCAUCUCAGGGAGCAAAUGUGCAUAGUUGUCUCCUGAGCUUUGGUCUCAAUUGUGGGUCUGCCCUUUUCACAUACUUUCACGUUACUCACAUGGAUAGCUAUGAGCCAGAUGACUUAAGUGCGGAUUCCAAAGUAGAAGUGACCAGAGGCUACACAUGUACAAAAGUGGACUGAUUACAGUGAGAUGCAUUUAAAUUUAAUUUAAAUCCAUAUGAAAGAGAUUUACUCUGGCUUCUAUUCUGCUUAUCAGCCAUAUUUACUUACAUGAUGUUGUUACUCACUUGAAGAUAGCUCUUUGAUCAUUAUCCCUUCAGUAUAUGGAGGAUUUACAUGUGUCAGUCCUGAUCUUUAUUAGAUGUUAAAUAUGAAAAUCCCUCAAAUGUUCACUAGGAGAAUAGAAACCUUUUUGAUACCAAAAAAACAACAAAAAAAAAGUUAUGCUUUACAUGCUUAUGUAAAAAACCAAAAUACCUGAAGAAGGUACCUGCUGAAUUAGCCUUUCAGGAUACUGUAUGUGUACGUAGAGACUAUUUAUUAGUGAGCUGAAACUAACAUGAAUAAGAACCAGUCAACAUAGUCAACCAUACAACAGUUUGACAAGUGAGGCUUCCUUCCAAUAAUUUUGAUUUAUAUUGAACGUAUGUAUUUUUAUGAAGUAACUAGCACUGAAAAAUGAAAACACUGGAUUUUAUUCAUUGAAACAGUUAAAUCGGGGAGAUUUAAUUUUCCUUUUUUUUUUUUUUAAGAAAAAGGAUUUGAUGUAACUAAAUAUAGGAUGCUUAAAAUGGGGCUUUGUUUGCACAAUAUACCCUUCUCACCUUCUUGUUUUAUAAAUAUAAAACACUGAGGAUUCUACAGAUCUUCCUUAGUUGUUUUGAGAUCAUGUAACUUCAGGACUUGCUGAAGUUUUACUGUUAAAUCAAUUUGUUUAGCUAUUAUCUGGGUUUUUUUUUGUUAGAGAUCAAGUCUUUGUAGUAACUCAUUGGUGCUAUAGAAUGUGGGCUUAAGUGAUGCAGAAAUUCAGAGAGUACCAUUUUAGCACCAAUGAUGUCAAGUUAUCAUUACUAGCACCCAAGUCUUUCAGACAGUAGUGUUGAAAUCAAGUGAUUACAAGGUUACGUAUUAGGAAAUCUUUUUAAAGAGCUGCAAAUAAGCAUUUUGGGGGUUUGGGGGUUUGUUUUAUUUUUCAAACAGUUGUGCGAAAUUUUACACAUAAGGGAUAUUUUUGAGUUACUUUUUCAACUGUGGAGCUUUUUUUGCUGGUAUGUAAAAAAACAAACAAAAAAACUAGUGAGAUGUAGGGGAAGAGUGGAUGGCAAAAAAUACACAGUGUGAUAGGUUUGGUUGCUUCAAUGCUAUUGCAAUAUAGUAACUACAUAUUACAUGAAAAUGGUUUAUUUUACUAGCUUUCAAAUGUAUAUAUAGAUUUAUUAAUGGCUUACAAGUCUAGCUUAUUCUCUUUGCUUUUUAAGAAAAUAGUUAUAGGCAUGUUGUAUUUGCCUUGUGUAAAUUAUAAAAGGCUAUUUAUUAAGUUUUCUGAUAACUAAUCUAUUU